AUGCUUUUCAGUGCAGUGUUCGUUUGCUGUUGGAGCUCCCUGCGAUCGGGACUCAGAGGGAAUGUGACGGAUAGGCUGGCGCUGCUAGCCAUCAAAGCUCAAAUAAAGCAAGAUCUCCAUAAUUACAAUGUGAUGAGCUCCUGGAACGAAUCCACGCACUUCUGCAUGUGGCAUGGUGUGACGUGCAAUCGACGACAUCGCCAAAGGGUCACUAAGCUGGACCUGCAAUCUCAAAAUCUGGUAGGGAAACUAUCCCCAAACGUAGGAAAUCUAAGUUUUCUAAAGGAGUUGUGGCUGCGAAAUAACAGCUUCAGUCAUGAAAUUCCUCCACAAAUUGGGAAUUUGGGUAGGUUGCAGGUAUUGCGAUUAGACAUUAACUCGUUUAGUAGCAGUAUUCCACACAAUAUAUCAUAUUGCUUCAACCUUAUCGUUGUGAAUUUCACUCGCAACAAGUUGGUGGGUAAAAUUCCUUCAGAAAUUGGAUUGCUGUCGAAGCUUCAAAAUUUUAUAUUAGAAGAUAAUAAUAUAACGGGACAGGUCCCUCCUUCCUUGGGGAACCUUUCGUCUCUCCGGGCACUAAUUCUCGUUAGUAAUAACUUGAUGGGAAACAUCCCCAGUUCUCUUGGCCAAUUGAAAAAAUUAACCUUCUUGAGAUUGGGGUUAAAUCAGUUGUCUGGUAGCAUCCCUUCCUCCAUUUAUAACCUCUCUUCUCUUGUUACAUUUUCCAUGACAAAUAACCAAAUUCAAGGGAGUAUUCCAUCAGAUAUUGGCAAAAGUCUUCUUAAUCUCGAAAUAUUCAACUUCGGCAUCAACCAACUUACUGGGUCCAUACCUCCCUCAAUAAUCAACGUCACAAGUGUUUGGUUUUUUGACGUUGGGAGUAGCAACCUAAUCGGACGGGUACCGAAUCUCCAAAAGCUUCACAACCUCCAGGUUUUCAACAUUCAAUAUAAUAAUAUUGGAAGCGGUAAAGAUGGUGACUUAAGUUUUCUCUCGGACUUGACCAAUGCCACCCGGUUACAAUUUUUGAUUAUUAACACCAACAAUUUUGGAGGGACAUUGCCCAUGUCAAUAUCCAAUCUCUCAACCAAACUUGAAAUUUUUGCAGUUGACACUAACCAAAUAUAUGGAAGCAUCCCAUCUGGGAUAGGGAAUCUGGUGAGCUUGGAAUGGUUGUCUUUGGGGAAUAAUAGCUUCACAGGAAACAUCCCCUCUGACAUGGGUUCCCUUCCCCCGGAGGUUGGGAAUUUCCAUAGUCUAAGUGAACUGGAUCUUUCUGAUAACAUGUUAUCUGGAGAACUUCCCAGUAGCCUUGGUGGUUGUGAGAGUUUAGAAGUCCUGCAUUUGCAAGGAAACUUCUUCAACGGGUCCAUUCCUUUGUCUAUGAGUUCAUUUUGGGUCUGUGUACAAGGGAGUCUUGAUGAUGAUGAUAAAGCUCAACUUGUUGCCGUGAAGGUGUUUAACUUGUUACGCCUUGGAGCUUCGAAGAGUUUCAUAGCCGAAUGUGAAGCUUUGAGAAAUAUUAGGCAUCGAAAUCUCGUCAAGAUUAUAAUUGUCUGUUCAAGUGUUGAUUUUAAUGGUAAUGAUGUCAAGGCUCUAGUUUAUGAGUUCGUGGACAACGGGAGCUUAGAGGAGUGGCUGCAUCCACCUACUGGAACUGAAGAGUUAGGAGAUCAUGUACCCAAGAAUUUAAGUCUUCUUCAGAGGCUAGAAAUUGCCAUUGGUGUUGCUUGUGCACUAGAUUAUCUUCAUAAUCAUUGUGAAACGCCAAUAGUUCAUUGUGAUCUCAAACCAAGCAACGUUCUCUUAGACAAAGAAUUGACUGGCCAUGUUUCUGACUUUGGAUUAGCAAGGUUUCUCUCAUAAGUAACAAGUAAUGUUUCAGCAAUCCAGAGUCAGACAAGUUCUAUUGGAAUAAGAGGAAUGGUUGGUUAUCCAGCUCCGGGUAUAUAUAUGUUAGAUAUAUACUUCAUUAUUUUUCCUUUCUUAUUUUGGAGUAUUGAAUUUACAAAAUUCAAACUGAUUUAUUUAUACAGAUAUGUGAUGUUUGAAUUGUAGAGUAUGGCAUGGGGAGUGAGGUGUCAAGGAAUGGGGAUGUCUACAGCUUUGGUAUUCUCUUGUUAGAGAUGUUUACAGGGAAGAGACCCACUGACAACAUUUUUGGUGAUAGCUUGAACCUUCAUAAUUUUGUCAAGAUGGCUCUCCUCGGGCGAGUUACGGAGAUUGCAGAUGCACCACUUCUUCAAGGAGGCACAAACGAGAAUUCCAAUCAAUGCAGUGCAAGAAUUCAUAAAGUUGAGGUGUGCUUGAGUUCAAUAUUUAGAAUUGGAAUUGCUUGUUCUGCUGAAUCCACAACAGAUCGACUAAAGAAUAUCAAUGAUGCUGCAUCUGAACUUCAUUCCAUUAGGAAUACUUUUCUUGGAUAGAAACUCUUUUUUAUGUGCUUUUGUGAUAAAGAAAUUUCGUGCUCGUGAAGUCUAGCUUUUAUGUUACUGCAAUAGAUGUGGAAGUUUGCAAUGUAAAUAAUCACCAAAGAGGUUCAUUGUGUGAAGAGUGUAUUACUACUUCUUGUACUUGGUAUUUUUGUGUAAUAUUCACAUCGAUUAAAAUCUAGUUCGUGCCACAAAAUUGUUGAAAA